UGAUAAGAGACGUCACAGAAUCUUGCAAUUAGUCGAAAGUUUUUAAAGAUAAAUAAUUUAUUCGUGAAGUUAUUAAUAAUAAUUAUAUCGCAUCGCUUAGUGUCGGGAUUUGUUAUUGACGGAGUUGUCAUAAUCGUAUAAAUUGUGUUUUUAAUACCUAAUAUUGAACUGAAAAGUAGUUGCCUUAUAUGUGCGCUUUUAAAAGAAUCGUAUAGGAUACUUCGAACCGAGGCUGAGGAUUCGUUCAGGUUCUGGCUGAAUGAUAUAACCUGAAGGAACAUGUUUAACACUAUUGACCGCAAACUUUAUAGCAUGUGAAAAAGCACACUUGCGAAGAGUAUACUUUUAUAGAAAAAGUUUCUUGUAUGGGUAUACAUGGCAAUAAGGCUAUCAUAAUUUGGAAUAUGAGAAGUUUUCAGUACCACCUUUUUUAACCCAGAAUUUGGAGCAGUAUGUUAUAGGCUAAAUCACGUCUGUACAUUGUGAGAAACAUGCCUCUGUUCGGAAAGUCUCAAAAGAGUCCGGCGGAGGUGGUGAAAGCUCUUAAGGAAGCGGUAAAUGCAUUGGAGCGUGGUGAUAAGAAGGUAGAAAAGGCUCAAGAGGAUGUUAGUAAAAAUUUGGUACAUAUAAAAAAUAUGCUCUAUGGAACAGCUGAAUCAGAGCCCCAGGCAGACAUUGUUGUUGCCCAAUUGGCGCAAGAAUUAUAUAAUAGUAAUUUGUUGCUUCUACUUGUGCAAAAUCUUAGUCGCAUAGACUUUGAGGGAAAGAAAGAUGUCGCUCAAGUGUUUAAUAAUAUACUACGAAGACAAAUUGGAACCAGAUCUCCAACAGUGGAAUACAUAUGCACUAAACCAGAAAUAUUAUUUACUCUAAUGUCUGGGUAUGAACACCAAGAUAUCGCCUUAAACUGUGGCACUAUGUUGAGAGAAUGUGCGAGAUACGAGGCCUUGGCAAAAAUUAUGAUUUAUUCGGACGACUUUUACAAUUUUUUCAGAUAUGUUGAAGUGUCGACUUUCGACAUAGCCUCCGACGCAUUUUCUACGUUCAAAGAAUUACUUACCAGGCAUAAAAUACUGAGCGCUGAAUUUUUAGAAAUAAAUUACGAUAAAGUUUUCUCUCAUUAUCAAAGGUUAUUGAGUUCGGAAAACUAUGUUACGCGACGACAGAGUUUGAAACUGCUAGGGGAACUUUUACUUGAUAGACACAAUUUUACCGUAAUGACGCGAUAUAUUUCGAAUCCUGAUAAUUUGAAAUUGAUGAUGAAUAUGCUCAAAGAGAAAUCACGUAAUAUUCAGUUUGAAGCGUUUCAUGUUUUCAAGGUAUUUGUGGCGAAUCCGAACAAGCCAAAACCGAUUUUAGACAUUCUACUGCGCAACCAGGAGAAGCUAAUCGAAUUUCUGACGCGUUUCCACACUGAGCGUUCAGAGGAUGAACAAUUUAACGACGAGAAGGCGUACCUUAUUAAGCAGAUUCAAGAACUUCAAUCUGUACAUGAGAAUUAAGUCCAAAAUACAAGUUAUUGCUACAGCUACCGUUAACUACUACUAUUGAAGUCUAUUCAGCUGCUGUUGCCACUGUUAUACCAUCACAGUCACUGAUGUAGCCAACUACCAUUAUUUUCUCCCCCUUUUUCUGUCUC